AUGGCGAAGGAAACUAGCUCUGAGGUGGUGGGUGAAAUUUUCCAGCUUCGUUGGGCCAUCUGGAAAGCACGCAAUCUGUUCGUGUUCAAUAGUAAGUCUCCUAGUCCUGAAGAAGUGAUCGAUCAAGCUAAGAGGGCUAAUGCUGACUACUUGAAAGCAAUUUAUGAUGGGCUUUCUUCUGGUACUUUUCCUUUACCAACAAAUGUUCGUGAUGUAAGGUGGGAACCUCCUCCACCAUCUUAUGUCAAGUUCAAUGUUGAUGGAGCCUUCAAACCCUCCUGCAGCUUGGCUGCCUUUGGCAUUAUUGCUAGAGAUUGUGUGGCUAUAGAAACAUGGGCGUUGAGAAUUGCUUGUGUUACGGCGAUGGAGCAGGGUUUUUCUGAUGUGAUCUUUGAGACAGACUGCAAAAACCUUGUUCGAUAUGUAUCUAACCCCGAAUCUGAGUGCCCUUGGCAGAUUGAGACAAUCAUCGGUGAUAUAAGAAAAUGGGCUAUCUUCACUACUUCAAGAGUAAAUCUAAAGAUUCUUGCAAGUUCUUUGGAGGAUAAAGUAUUGGGCUUCCCAAUUAUUGGGGGCCAUUGA